AUGAACACUGACACCGCAGCUUCCUCCCCAGGCACCAACUCCCGCGAAAGUCGUGACUCCUCUUCAAGCACCAGCUCCCCCACAACUAUUGAAACCACUGAAAGCACCAACUCCCCCACAAAUAUUGAAAUCACUGCAAGCACGAACAAUUCCACAAGCACCGACCCCCCGACAACCACAGACAAUACCACAAGCACCGACCCCCCGACAACCACAGACAAUACCACAAGCACCGACCCCCCGACAACCACAGACAAUACCACAAGCACCGACCCCCCGACAACCACAGACAAUACCACAAGCACCGACCCCCCGACAACCACAGACAAUACCACAAGCACCGACCCCCCGACAACCACAGACAAUACCACAAGCACCGACCCCCCGACAACCACAGACAAUACCACAAGCACCGACCCCCCGACAACCACAGACAAUACCACAAGCACCGACCCCCCGACAACCACAGACAAUACCACAAGUGUGAACAACACUACAGUGAUGACAACUAACCUCCCUACAAGUCCUGGCACCACAGCUGCAGGUCCCAGCGAUCCUUGCAAAGAUAAUCCCUGUAAUGGUAAUUCUUCAUGUGUGCCCUUGAACACCACACGUUUUUGCCUGUGUGUUGAAGGAUAUUACUAUAACUCUCAGACAUGUCAGAAAGGAAGGACAUUCCCUGGUGAGAUUACACUAAAAAACCAAGAAAUAUCUGGCUGGGAAAAUAAAACUUCCGCAGUUUAUCAAGACCUACAUCAAAAUGUUACCGAAUUUUUUAAAGAUGCGUUAAACGGUGCUGAUUAUGGACAGACUGUCAUUCUAAAAGUAAGCACAUCCCCUUCUCUGUCAGCAAGAUCUGAACUGCUUACUGCUAGCAACCCUGUUGUAAAAGUAAUGAACGUUUUUUUUGAAAAUUCCACUGUAACUGAAAAUGAUGUGACUGAGUUAAUUGAAAAAGCGACUACUAACUCACCUUUCGUGUCAAGUUAUACUGCUCAGAAUUUAUGUGAUUUUCGUGGCUGUGUAAACAGCAGUGAUAAUUGCACUGAUGGUCUUACUUGCACAUGCAAAGAAGGACUGGAGAGACCUAACACCCUGGCCAGUUUUUGUGUUGCAACGUGUCCCAGAGACUGCAAUGCAGAGAACAAUAAGCAAUGCUUAAUGACAAAGGAGGAUGAGAAACCCACCUGCGUCUGCCUAGCAGGCUACCGGAAUAACAACGGGAUCUGUCAAAAGUGUUCAUUCGGUUACAGUGGCGUGAACUGCGAAAACCCAUUCCAGCUCAUUCUCACAAUCGUGGGCACCAUUGCUGGCUUUCUCAUUCUCAUCCUGGUGAUUGCAGUGAUCUGCUCAGCAAGGUCUAACAAUAAAGGCAAGAAUAUUGAAGAGCAGAACUUGAUUGACAAUGACUUUCAUGGCUUCAAGCUACAGCAGACUACAGGUUUCACCAACAUGGGAGCAGAUGGGGGUUUCUUCCCCAGAGUCAAGACAGGGGCCUCCCAAAACGUUCAUCCACAAAACCCCUACAGCAACCCGAGAAGUCUCCCUGGCCGCGACUAUUAG